GGCGAUCCAUUUGAUUCAUCUCAAAAACCCUAGCCAUGACUCUAUCCGGAUGCCCUCUCUCUCCAUUCCCGGCAUCUUGCUUCGGGCGCGUGAAAGCCACGAUCUUUCUCGUCCCCUCUCCUCUUCGUUCGAUCUCUCUCAGAGCUAUUUGAUCUUCACUCUUUGAGGAGUUGACUAAAAUGGCUGCAGGAAGAGCCAUCCACCAGCUUUUGAGGAAGAGACCUCAAUUUCAAUCAUCUGCCCUGUUUUUGCUUCCAUCUUAUGUGUUUAAGCAAGAUCAAGAAAGUGUUGGAUCCGCUGGUGUGAAAUCACUAAGAGCAUUGGCAUUCCUUGGAGCAGGUGUUUCUGGUAUAUUGAGCUUUGCUACUAUAGCAUCUGCUGCCGAUGAAGCUGAGCAUGGCCUACCAUGUCCAAACUAUCCUUGGCCUCAUAAAGGCAUUCUUAGUUCCUAUGACCAUGCAUCAAUUCGGCGUGGUCACCAAGUUUACCAACAAGUUUGUGCUUCCUGCCAUUCAAUGUCUCUGAUUUCAUAUCGAGAUCUUGUUGGUGUGGCAUACACUGAAGAGGAGACAAAGGCUAUGGCAGCUGAGGUUGAGGUGGUUGAUGGGCCGAAUGAUGAAGGUGAAGUGUUUACACGUCCUGGUAAAUUAAGUGACCGUUUUCCUCAGCCAUAUCCAAAUGAGCAAGCAGCAAGAUUUGCCAAUGGAGGAGCAUAUCCUCCAGACUUAAGCCUUAUCACUAAGGCACGGCACAAUGGGCAAAACUAUGUUUUUGCCCUACUCACAGGAUAUCGUGAUCCUCCUGCAGGUGUUUCGAUUCGAGACGGUCUGUACUACAAUCCUUACUUUCCUGGUGGUGCAAUUGCAAUGCCCAAAAUGCUUAUUGAUGGUGCAAUCGAGUAUGAAGAUGGCACUCCGGCAACUGAAUCACAGAUGGGGAAGGAUGUUGUGACAUUCUUAUCAUGGGCAGCAGAACCUGAAAUGGAAGAGAGGAAACUGAUGGGUUUCAAAUUGAUCUUUCUGCUGUCGCUUGCCCUCCUCCAAGCUGCAUACUAUCGCCGUCUGAAGUGGUCGGUUUUUAAGUCAAGGAAACUGAUUGUUGAUGUUGUCAACUGAUCAACUUCUUGGUUUAUUUUGCAAUUCAAUGUGGAAGAGGGUAAGUCAAUAAUGAGUUCCUGUGAUGUACACUGCUGUGAUUUAAAAACUGUCUAGGCAAUGUAAUGAUGGACAUAGAUGUCCCAGAACAGUUCUUUAGGGUGAGUGUAAUCUAAUCCAAAGGCUUUAUGCACUAUUUCUAAAUUAGCGGAGUUUUCAUGCUAUUUGGCUUUCAAAAUUCAAAUUUUAUGGACAUAUUACAAUUGGUGAGUAAAUUUCAUUUAGUA